AUGCGAGUCUCUCGCCGGGCCAAGCAUCGCCAAGCAACCGUUUCUCUCCGCAACAAGCUCCGGGGGGAAGAGAAGAAGGAAAAGUAUGCGUCCCCCGUUGUGUUUCUUGGCAGUGGCCCUGCCCACCGUGUUGGCCCAGCUGAGCGGCCGGGUCGGCCCCACGACCAGCACGGCCAGCAAGCGUGCCAAGGUCUGCGAUGUAACCAAGUACGGCGCCACGGCUUCCAAGACGGCGGACAUCGGGCCGGCGAUCGUGUCGGCAUUUGCGGCGUGCAAGAGCGGAGGGACGGUUCGUCCAGCGGAAACAUGAUAUACAUCGAAAAGACCAAGAACUUUGAGUUCUACAGCAGCACUUCGAAGGGAGCCAUUCAAGGAAACGGCUACGAGGUUCACAGAGGUAUAUCAAAUCAAUUCUGCGAUUUAGACAAGGCUGGCGGACUAAAUGAGACCAAAGCUGGCAAAUAUGGCGCUCGCAUCCUAAGGAUCAGCCGUGCGCAGGACUUCUCGCUGCAUGACAUUGCUCUUGUCGAUGCACCCCAAUUUCACCUAUUCUUCGAGCAGUGUACUAAUGGCGAGGUAUACAACACCAUCAUCCGCGGAGGCAACGAAGGAGGACUUGACGGUAUCGACGUGUCCGGCUCCAACAUAUGGAUUCACGACGUCGAGGUAUCCAACAGGGACGAGUGUGUCACGAUCAAGAAUACUGCCAACCAUAUGUUGAUCGAGAACAUUUACUGCAAUUGGUCUGGGGGAUGCGCCAUGGGCAGUCUCGGCACAGGUAUUGACAUCUACAACAUUAUCUAUGACAAGGUCUACACCGUCAACAGCAACCAGAUGUUCAUGAUCAAGUCCAACGGGGGGUCAGGCACCGUCCGCGACUGCGCCUUCACCAACUUCAUCGGGCACAAGAACGCGUACUCCCUCAACAUCGACGCGCACUGGACCCAGCUCAAGCUGCAGCCGGGCAGCGGCGUGCAGUACGAGAACCUCAACUUCACAAAUUGGAAGGGCUCGUGCUCCGACGGCGCCCGCAGAGGACCCAUCAACGUGAUCUGUCCGGACGCACAACCGUGCCACGGCAUCACGAUCAGCGACUUUGCCAUCUGGACCGAGUCUGGCUCGAGGGAGUACUACAAAUGCGGGAGCGCCUUUGGCAGUGGUGGGUGCUUGAGACCGGGGGCGGCAUCAUCGUAUGCUGUAUCGACCAGCACCGUUGGUGCCACACCGGCUGGGUGGUCUGCGCCCACUAUGGCGGCAGAUCUCGCGACGCUUCCUUUGACAAACAGCAUCCCGAUUCCACCCAUCCCAACAAGCUUCUUUCCAGGAGCUACACCCUACAGCAAGCUUUUGGGAGGAUGA